UCAUCCAACAACCAGAACAUUACUAAUACCGGUUCCCAAUUGAGCUUCCACGACAUUAAUUACAAAGUUAAUAUUGAGAAGUCUCUAUGCAAGAAGACUGAAGUUAAACAAAUUCUCUAUGAAAUCACAGGUAUCUUCAAGCCAGGUAUGAAUGCAAUCAUGGGACCAUCUGGAUCUGGAAAAUCAACGCUUUUAAAAAUAUUAGCCGGAAGAGUUAAUCGCGAGAGUGUAGAGGGCUGCGUGUUGGUUGACGGCAUGAACCAGCCAUCCAAUUUCAGGUGCAUGGCUGGCUUUGUUGCGCAGGACGGGACAGUGGUUGGUACGUUAACUGUCCGCGAAAACCUGAUGUUCUCCGCUAAUUUGAGACUGCCAAAAAGUUUCAGCGGCAAGGAGAAAAAUAAAAAAGUUGACGAAAUCAUUUAUGAGUUGGGGCUGACUUUGUGUGCCGAUUCAAGGAUUGGUGCUAACUGGUUAAGAGGCAUAUCGGGAGGUGAGAGGAAGAGAACGAACAUAGGCAUGGAGUUGGUCAUCUCUCCUAAGGUUCUCUUCCUAGAUGAGCCAACAACUGGCCUCGAUUCGAGUACUGCCUUCGCUGUUAUGUCUCUACUAAAUAAGAUAUCGAAGAAUGGGCGAACGAUAAUCUUCUCGAUCCACCAACCCCGAUACAAAAUCUUCAAACUGUUUGAUGGCAUACUGUUGUUGGGAGCUGGUAGGACCAUCUACCAUGGACCCGCAAAUAAAACACUCCAGUACUUCAAUUCUAUCGGUUACGUGUGUGACGAACAUGAAAAUCCUUCCAACUUCUUUCUUGAUAUCGUCAACGGCGAUUCCACUGCUAUUCAAGCUUUAUUCAAUAGAAAUGGCAAUAAGAAUGGUAGUAGUAACGCUAAUGAUCCAAGCAAGCCUCUAGUUCUAACUUUGGCCGAGAACUUUUCCAACAGUCCAUAUGGAAAAAAAAUGAAACAAGAGGCGAGCAAGGUAUACGAAUCUUACUACUCGAGAAAAACGAACGGCUCUAGAAUGAAACAUCCAGACAUCUUGUACGCAACUUCAUUUCUGACGCAGUUUCGUUACGUUUCUCAAAGAACAAUCCAGAACAUCAUAAGAAACCCUUCAGCUAUGUUGCUACAGGUUACAAUUAUGUUCUUUUUUGGUCUGUUUGUUGGCAUUCUUUUUUUCCAGCUGGGGCAUAAUUUUAAAGGAGCUAUUCAGAACAGAACGGGCGCGUUGUUUUUCAUCACUCUGAAUCAAAUAUUUUCAAAUUUGUCCAGCGUCGGACUGUUCGCAUUGGAGAGAAAAAUUUUUAUACAUGAAAGCGUCGGUGGAUUCUACAGAAUUUCUGCCUACUUUUUCUCCAAGUACCUCUGCGAUCUCGUUCCAAUGAGGAUCGUCCCGCUAAUAUUUUUUAGUGUCACCGUUUAUUACAUGAUAGGAUUUCAGCUAGAAAUUUAUAAAUUUCUACUAUUCUUCUUAAUCCUUGGCGUUUCAACGACGUCUGGAGCCACAAUCGGCUUCGCAGUCAGUUCAUCGCUGGAAUCAUAUUCAUCAGCCCACCUGUGUUUGCUCACGAUUUUUGUUUGUAUGGAGGUCUUUGGAGGUUUCCUGUUAAAUCUGACGACGAUGUCAGAAUGGCUGAGCUGGUUGCAGUACCUGAGUUUGAUCAGAUACACACUCAAAGUGGGGAUUCAUUUGUUGUGUGUAUGCGUGCGUAUGUGCGUACGUGUGUGCGUUUGUGUUUUUGCGUAG